AUGGAGAAGAAGCAAGGAUUCUUCUCGGUGCUAAGGGAGGAGGUUGUGAGGGGGCUUUCUCCAUCACGGUUGCGGGGAUGGCCGAGGUCGGAGAGCCCGCGACGGAGCACAUUGCCUGUGGCGGAGCUGUUUUUGUUUUCACGGCGAUGGAAGAGGCGUGGGAUUGCUGGAGAGCUUGCGAUGCCAAGAUCCGGGAGCCUGACGCCUCUGAUGGAGGGACCAAAACACGCGGCGGGAGAGGACGCGAAGAAGGAGCGUGGGUGGGGACAGUGGGUCAAAGACCAGCUAUCACGUGCGUCGUCCGCCUCUCCUUCUGCUUCCUCCUUCCGGCGAUCGGAUCUCUGGAUGCUACUAGGCGUCAUAGUGGCUCCCCUCGCCCCUAUUCAUGCUUGCUCCAUCGACCCGCUUCCUCACCUCAGCAUCAAGGAUACUCCCAUCGAGACUUCUUCAGCACAGUACAUCCUCCAACAGAAUAUAGCUACAUCAGGAGGUUUCAAGCUUCUUAGUUCCAUUAGGAAUACAUAUUCAAUGGGGAAGGUGAGGAUGGUGGCUACUGAGUUUGAGACGGCAACCAGGAUCACCAAAAACAGGAACCCAACAAGGGAUGCUGAGUCUGGUGGAUUUGUUCUCUGGUGUAUAUCUCAGCUACCUUUAGGAAGAUUGAGAAAAUGUCUGAUCUGA